AUGGCCUACUUCCGGGGUUUUUACGUGCCAUCGUUGGGCGCGAUGUUCAACGUUGCCUGGGCGACACUCAAGGCCACGUGGCCGGAAAAUAGCCCCUGCAUGGAACUGGUAAGGGGCUCAAAUACUAAAGAAUCUCGCGGCCAGUGCGACGAAUACCGGGAAGGCGUCGACGGGGCUGAAAUGACGACCCUCAACAACGGCGCCGACAGCUCGUUCGGGGAUCAAAAGCACGUAACUAUGGCCGAGGACUCUUUCAGCUACCAGAGAAAUGGGGAAAAAAUCAGAACCGGAAGCGUUAGUAGUAGUUUCAGUGAAUACGACGAAGGGGGAGGUGAAUUUGGCUCAGGUGUCAAGAUUAACGAAUGGCAGGCAGCUUACAAUGUCACCAAUGCUAUCCAGGGUAUGUUCAUCGUAUCGCUGCCGUUCGCAGUGCUGCACGGCGGCUACUGGGCAAUCGCCGCGAUGAUCGGCAUCGCCCACAUUUGCUGCUACACCGGUAAGAUCCUGAUCGAAUGCCUGUACGAGCUGGACGCGGUCACGGGCCAACGAGUACGAGUGCGCGACUCUUACGUCGCCAUCGCCAAGGAAUGCUUUGGGCCGCGAGUCGGCGCCCGGGUCGUCAACAUAGCUCAGAUAAUCGAGCUCCUCAUGACUUGCAUCCUCUACGUUGUCGUCUGCGGCGACUUGAUGGUCGGCAGCUUCCCGGAGGACUCGCUGGACUCGAGGAGCUGGAUGAUGCUAAUCGGCAUUUUCCUGAUGCCGCUCGGUUUCCUUAAAUCGCUGCAUCACGUAUCGCUGCUGAGCUUCUGGUGCACGAUUGCCCAUUUGUUCAUUAAUGCCGUCAUAAUCGGCUACUGCAUUCUAGAGAUUGGGGAUUGGGGAUGGGCGAAGGUCAAGUGGAGCAUCGACAUGGAGAAAUUUCCGAUAUCACUUGGUGUUAUCGUCUUUAGUUACACGUCGCAAAUAUUCUUACCGACGCUCGAAGGUAAUCUCAUCGAUCGCAGUAAAUUCGACUGGAUGUUGAACUGGAGUCACAUUGCCGCCGCAGCAUUCAAGUCAAUUUUUGGUUGGGUUUGCUUCCUGACCUUCCAGAACGACACGCAACAGGAAAUAACGAACAACUUGCACUCGGUCGGCUUCAAGGAUCUGGUAAACUCUUGCCUGGUAAUAAAGGCCCUGCUGUCCUACCCGUUGCCCUACUACGCGGCCUGCGAGCUCCUCGAGCGCGUCCUCUUCCGAGGCAGGCCCAAGACCAUCUUCCCGACGAUCUGGACCCUCGACCGGGAGCUCAAGGUCUGGGGUUUAGCGUGGCGCGUCGGCGUCAUCCUCUUCACCAUCCUCAUGGCCAUUUUCAUACCGCACUUCAGUAUCCUCAUGGGCUUCAUUGGCUCCUUCACCGGCACAAUGCUGUCGUUCAUCUGGCCGUGCUACUUCCACCUAAAGCUCAAGCGCAACUCCAUGGAGCCAACCGCCGUCGCCUACGACUGCUUCGUCAUAUUCCUCGGGCUACUCUUCGGCGUCAUCGGAAUGUACGACUCCGGGAAGGCCCUGAUCGACGCCUUCGGCCUGCCUAUAUAAAUUCGCCAAUUUGAAGUCGCCCCUCGCCGUCGGCUUAUCCGCCCGCGCUCGCUUUCAUUUCAGUCGGCCUCGCACCACCGACACACGCUCAUGGCCUUCGUAUUUGCGAAAUUUUUCUACCGCCGCGCCGUUUAUGAAAACCAAGACGCUUACUUUAUUAGCCCCUGCUGAAGAGCUGUCGUGAACGUGAACGUGACCUCGCUUAACGUGGCCGAGCACCUCCUCCAUAUCGGCCAA